AUGAGCGAACAGAAGUUGACAAAUGGAUCUUCGGGUCAGCAGAAAAUCACCCCCAAAGUCCUGCUGAUUGCCAUGUUCUAUGAGGAAUCAAGGAAUUGGCUGUCUCCUUCAAGUGAGAUCCAGUUUCCUCGAAAAGUUCGCGUUCCAGGUCUUGCUAGAGGCUACGAGGAUAUACAUGUGACUGAAAAUGGGGAUGUUGCACUCUUGGUCGUUGGCACCGCUCUGAUAAAUGCAUCCUUAUCUAUCAGCGCUCUCUUAACGUCGCCACUCUUCGAUCUGAAAAAGUCAUACUUCAUCUUGACCGGUAUCGCAGGCGUUAAUCCCAAGCGAGCAACCAUCGGUUCUGUUGCGUUUGCGAGGUUCGCAGUUCAAGUUGACACGCAACUUGAAUUUGACGCAAGGGAAGUUCCUUCGGAAUGGGGCUCUGGAUAUGUCCCAAUGGGAGCCGAUAAGCCUGAUCAGUUCCCUGGUAUAGUCCAUGGUUCUGAGGUAUUCGAGCUUAACACUGCGUUGAGAGAUUAUGCCUUCUCGGUCGCAAAGAGUGUCACCCUUGAAGAUUCGACUGUAGCUGCCGAGAAUCGAGCUCUGUGGAAGAACUCACCUAAUGAUGUCUUUCAAGCAGCUACACAAAAACCGAGUGUUCUCGAAGGCGAUGUACUGUCUUCGAAUACCUUCUGGCACGGCCAUCGUAUCUCUGAGGCUAUGGAACGAGUCACCAGAGUCUAUACUGCAGGACAAGCUGAGUAUACCAUGACAGCACAGGAGGAUAACGCACUCCUAGCAGGACUGUUGAACGCAGCACUUCAAGGAAAAGUCGACUUUUCGAGAAUUUUGCUGAUUCGAUCUGCUUCAAACUUUGAUCGUGGUCAUGAAGACAAGCCCCAUCAGCUUCCCUUCGUUAUGGACAAGGGCGGUUUGGGUCCGUCUACUCGCAAUCUGUACCUUACUGGGUUGAAAGUUAUUGAGGGGAUUUUGGAGGAUUGGUCUUCUAGGUUCGAGGCUGGGAUAACUCCUGAGAAUUAUAUCGGCGAUAUCUUUGGCUCACUUGGUGGCAAACCUGGAUUUGGUGAUAAGCAUAACAUUGAUCAGAUAAGAUCGCAUUGA